CCCGGCGUCGCGCCAGGCAGGUCCGCGCAGCGGGGAGGAUGGAGGGCUCCUGCUGAGAGCGGCGCUUCCUCCUCGGCGGCGAGGAGCCCAGCCUCCGCGUGCCCUGCCCGCCCGGGGCCCGGCAGCUGGAGCUGGAGCUGGAGCCGCGGUGCCCUCUCGCUCUGGCUGCGUGUUUAGUAUGCCGAUCGUGUCCCCUCGCUAAUGAGAGGGAGAAUGGGAACCCAGGGAAGCCCUGUGAAGAGCUACGAUUAUCUGCUCAAGUUCCUGUUGGUAGGAGACAGUGAUGUUGGAAAAGGAGAAAUCCUGGAGAGCCUUCAAGAUGGAGCAUCCGAAUCCCCUUAUGCCUACAGUAACGGAAUUGACUACAAGACCACUACUAUCUUGCUGGAUGGCAGAAGGGUCAAGUUGGAACUCUGGGACACGUCUGGCCAGGGACGAUUCUGCACCAUUUUCAGAUCCUACUCCAGAGGUGCUCAGGGAAUUCUCUUGGUAUAUGACAUCACUAACCGCUGGUCCUUCGAUGGCAUAGACAGAUGGAUAAAGGAAAUUGAUGAGCAUGCCCCAGGUGUGCCCCGGAUCUUGGUUGGGAACAGGCUGCACCUUGCCUUCAAGCGGCAGGUGCCCACAGAGCAAGCCCGCGCCUAUGCUGAGAAGAACUGCAUGACGUUCUUUGAGGUCAGUCCGCUGUGCAAUUUCAACGUCAUUGAGUCCUUCACGGAGCUAUCGCGCAUUGUGCUCAUGAGGCAUGGCAUGGAGAAGAUAUGGAGACCGAACAGAGUGUUCAGCUUGCAGGACCUCUGCUGCCGUGCAAUCGUCUCCUGCACGCCAGUCCACCUCAUCGACAAGCUGCCGCUGCCUGUCACCAUCAAGAGCCACCUGAAAUCUUUCUCCAUGGCCAAUGGGAUGAAUGCAGUGAUGAUGCACGGGCGGUCAUAUUCCUUGGCCAGCAGCGGGGGUGGGAGUAGCAGCAAAGGGAACAGCUUGAAGAGGUCCAAAUCCAUCCGUCCACCACAAAGCCCCCCACAGAACUGCUCACGCAACAACUGCAAGAUCUCUUAGCGAGGCAGAGAGGCUGUCAG